AUGGCUGUUCACUAUUCGGGCAUUAGUGGCCAAAUCACCCAUGGAGAUGACAAAGUUUAUGAUGCUUGUCGUUAUUAUGGAGCUCUCAUCGUAGCUGCCAUGAGUGGUGCACAAAAAAAUGAACUGACGAGUAAAACAUUUUACGAUGACCAUCUAGAGUGGUUUGGGGAUCGAAUCCUUCAUUCUGAAAUCAUGGCGAUCGCUCAAGGAUCGUACCAAAGACCAGGUGGAUAUCAAGAUGGAAUUCGAGGGAAAGGAUAUAUUGUCAAUGCUCUUGAAGCUGCUUUAUGGGCCUUUUGGAGUGAUGAGGGCUCGUUCGAGAAAGGGGUACUCAAUGCAGUUAAUCUGGGUGAUGAUACAGAUACAACAGCCGCUAUCUACGGUCAAUUAGCCGGUGCUCACUACGGUUACAAUAAGUUGCCUGAAAAAUGGGUGGAAUGUAUCUAUGCCAAAGACUUCAUUGGAUGUGUGAGCAGUUGGAUUGCCUACGAAGGAGAAAAAUGGUUUCGAAAUCAGACAAUGCCGUAUACAAGUGAACUCAUUAAUUCUUCUAAUGGCAUGUCGCUGAAUUCAAAAGCAAGUGUAUCUAUUUACUGGACGCAAAACUCGUGUAUUAGCCUUAAAACAUCAUUAGGUCGAGAUAUAUCGUCGAACACAAUAGUACGCAAGGCAAUUAAUCCUUCCGGUCGUAUAGGACAUUUAUUACUCGAGCUUACCGAUAAAAUGUAUGAUACAAAGUGGGGACAAGCUUGA